AUGCCUGUCUGCACUCAACAUGCCGUACGCAAAAGCCUCAGCAUCAACAGCAAGAUGAUCCGAUUGUUUGCUUCCUGCCCAAGCCCAAAACACAUUCAAUUCUUGGCUGUCUUCAUCUUCUCAUGCUCCCUGCCAUUAGCAAUCAGUGAUGACACUGAUACUGAUCGAGAAGCCCUGCUAUGCUUCAAGUCGCAAAUCUCUGAUUCAAGUGGAGCCCUAAGCUCCUGGACCAAUACAUCCCAGAACUUCUGCAACUGGCAGGGCGUCUCAUGCAACAACACGCAGACUCAACUCCGAGUCAUGGCACUCAACAUAAGCUCCAAAGGCCUCAGUGGUUCAAUACCAGCUUGCAUCGGCAAUCUGAGCUCCAUUGCAAGCCUCGACUUAUCAAGCAACGCCUUCCAUGGAAAAAUUCCAGUAGAGCUCGGGCGCCUGCGACAGCUCAGGUACCUGGACCUGAGCAUCAACUCUCUUGAAGGUCAUAUUCCAGAUGAGCUGUCUUCGUGCAGCAAUCUCCAGGUACUCAGCUUAUGGAACAACUCCCUCCAAGGUGAGAUACCAACAAACUUAACCCAAUGCACUCACCUCCAGCAAGUUAGACUUGACAAUAACAAGCUUGAAGGCAGAAUUCCCACUGGGUUUGGGCUGCUUCGUGAGCUGAAAACUCUCAAUCUCUCCAACAACGCCCUCACAGGUGCCAUACCACCGUUGUUGGGCAGCAGCCCGUCUGUUGUAUAUGUUGAUCUUGGGAGCAAUCAGCUCACAGGAGGAAUCCCAGAGUUUUUGGCAAAUAGUUCGUCUAUUCAAGUGCUGAGGCUCAUGAUAAAUAGUCUUACAGGGGAGAUCCCACCAGCCCUCUUCAACAGCUCCACAUUGACAACCAUUUACCUCAACCGUAACAACUUAGUUGGCUCCAUACCACCUGUUACAGCAGUUGCUGCACCAAUUCAAUACCUUGUUCUAGCCCAGAACAACCUCACAGGAGGGAUUCCAGCCUCACUGGGAAACCUUUCUUCCCUGGUUCGUCUGUCUCUUGCAGCAAAUAACUUGGUGGGGAGCAUCCCUGAGAGCCUAAGUAAAAUCUCAACUCUAGAGAGGUUGAUUCUCACAUACAACAACUUGUCUGGUCCUGUGCCAGAGUCUAUUUUCAACAUGUCAACUUUGAAAUAUCUUGAAAUGGCCAAUAACUCACUCAUCAGCCGACUACCACCAGAUAUAGGCAACAAGCUUCCAAACCUUCAAACCCUGAUCCUAUCUACAACACAGUUAAAUGGGCCAAUCCCAGCUACUCUUGCCAAUAUGACCAAACUAGAAAUGAUUUAUCUUGUUGCUACGGGGCUCACUGGUAUAGUGCCAUCGUUUGGGUCCUUGACAAACUUGCGGGACCUUGAUCUUGCAUACAACCAGCUUGAAGCAGGGGACUGGAGCUUCCUCUCAUCCCUUGCAAACUGCACUCAACUGAAAAAAUUGACCUUGGAUGGGAAUAUUCUCCAAGGAAGUUUGCCUAGUUCAGUUGGUAAUCUUCCCUCACAGCUUGACUGGUUGUGGCUCAAACAAAACAAACUUUCUGGGACAAUUCCCCCAGAGAUUGGUAACCUUAAGAGUCUCAGUAUUAUGUACAUGGAUAACAAUAUGUUUAGCGGAAGCAUCCCACCAACCAUUGGAAAUCUUAGCAACCUACUGGUUCUAAGUUUUGCAAAAAAUAACCUCUCUGGCCAUAUUCCAGAUUCUAUUGGUAAUCUUGCCCAACUAAAUGAGUUUUAUCUAGAUGGGAACGAUUUCAACGGAACCAUACCUGCAAACAUAGGGCAGUGGCAACAAUUAGAGAAGCUUAAUCUCUCUCACAAUUCAUUCAGUGGACACAUGCCAAGUGAGGUAUUCAACAUUUCUUCCCUGUCACAAAAUUUAGACUUGUCAAAUAAUCUGUUUACCGGGCCCAUACCACCAGAAAUUGGCAACCUCAUAAAUCUUGGAAGCAUCAGUAUUGCAAACAAUCGCUUGACAGACAAUAUACCAUCCACUCUAGGGAACUGUGUGCUUUUGGAAUACCUUCACAUGGAAGGGAACCUUCUUACUGGAAACAUUCCACAAUCUUUCAUGAACUUAAAAAGCAUCAAGGAGCUGGAUCUCUCUCGUAACAGAUUGUCAGGAAAAGUUCCAGAGUUCCUCACACUCUUUAGUUCUUUGCAGAAACUCAACCUUUCCUUCAAUGAUUUUGAAGGGCCAAUACCAUCAAACGGUGUCUUUAGUAAUGCUAGCAGGGUUAUCUUGGACGGAAACUACAGGCUGUGUGCAAAUGCUCCAGGGUAUAGCCUGCCCCUUUGCCCUGAAUCAGGAUCACAAAGCAAACACAAGUCAACUGUUCUCAAAAUAGUGAUUCCAAUUGCAGUGACUGCUGUUGUAAUUUCAUUGCUGUGUUUAACGGCUGUUCUCAUCAAGAGAAGAAAAGAAGAACCAAGUUUGCAGCACUCUAGUGUGAACUUGAGGAAAAUAUCAUACGAAGAUAUUGCCAAAGCAACAAACGGGUUCUCUUCCUCUAAUUUGGUUGGUUUGGGCUCCUUUGGGGCUGUUUACAAGGGCCUUUUGUCAUUUGAGGACAAUCCAGUUGCUAUUAAGGUUUUCAAUCUCAACAAGUAUGGAGCACCCACAAGCUUCAAUGCGGAGUGUGAGGCUUUAAGAAAUAUUCGUCAUCGGAAUCUUGUCAAAAUUAUUACUUUAUGCUCUACGGUCGAUCCAAGUGGCUAUGAUUUUAAGGCACUUAUCUUUCAGUAUAUGCCAAAUGGGAGUCUGGAAAUGUGGCUACAUCCAGAGGACCACACGCAUGGCACGCAAAGAUUCCUAACUUUGGGUGAAAGGAUUAGCAUAGCCCUGGACAUUGCAUAUGCUUUAGAUUAUCUUCAUAACCAGUGUGUAUCCCCACUAAUACAUUGUGACAUGAAGCCAAGCAAUGUUCUUUUGGAUCUUGAAAUGACUGCAUAUGUCAGUGAUUUUGGGUUGGCGAGAUUUAUGUGUGCUAAUUCAACAGAAGCACCUGGCAAUUCAACAAGUUUGGCCGACCUAAAAGGAUCCAUUGGAUAUAUUGCACCAGAGUAUGGAAUGGGUGGGCAAAUAUCGAAAAAGGGUGAUAUCUACAGCUAUGGAGUUCUUUUGUUAGAGAUAUUAACUGGGAAGCGUCCAACUGAUGAAAAAUUCAAGGAUGGCAUGAACCUCCAUGAACUUGUGGAUGCUGCAUUUCCACACAGAGUAGCAGAGAUUUUGGACCCCACUGUGCUACACAACGAUUUAGAUAGUGGAAACUCUGAAGUGAUGCAGAGUUGUGUCCUCCCACUAAUUAAGGUGGCCCUCAUGUGCUCCAUGGCAUCACCAAAAGACCGGUUAGGGAUGGCGCAAGUUUCCACUGAAAUACACUCCAUCAAGCAAGCAUUUAUUGAUCUUUCCAGUGGAGGAAAAAUAGUGUGACUGGAAAUUAAACAAAUUCAGUGCAUUGGACACUACAAAAUAAAUCUAGUUAAGCCUUCUCUCGUUUUUUUGUUACUUUUCUUCCUGAAAUUGAUA